AUGCCGGAUGAGCCGCGGCGCGUCAUUUUGGAGAAAUCCAAGACAGUGCGACGCCGGUACCAGCGCAGUAACCAACGAUUCAAAUUUACCGCGUCCCAGGUCGAACGGAUAGAUCGCGAGGAGGAGCGGGAGAAAAAGGCAAGGCAGCUGCGCGACAAGGAAAAGAAACGCAUCGCCAAUAAGAAACGAAAAGCCGAGCAAGAGGCGCGCACUCGUGAGGAGCGAAAGCGUCGCGGCAUUCCUGAUCCAAACCUCCGCGUUCCGUCUAGCCAGCCGCUUCUUUCGAUGUUCCUUGGAGCUAAGAAAUCAUCACCCACACCGCCCAGACUUGAAACUUCAACUACGGAAACGGAGACGGAAGUGGGUAGUGAUGGAGGGGAUACGGAGCCUGACAGUGCUGCUGGAGAUACGGAAGCUGAUUCAGAUGCACUUGAUGACUUGGAUGAAGAAUUGGAGAAUGAUCUGUCUGAACUUCAAGGUCCUGAUAUCUCUGAGAUCCGAGAUGCAGGCGUCUCGGGGGACUCUGAAGGCGACACAGAAGAGGAUCCCAAUCUGACCAAGGAUGACGAUGAGUUCUCCGACUGCUCGGCAUUUGACGACGAAGAUGUUUUGAAAGAAGUCGAAGUCACUGCUGUAACGCCACCUUUUAAUGACGAAACGAAACCCCCAUCCAUACCCAAGCCUGAUUCCUUUUACCAGGCUCCGCCGGUGCCCGCACUAGAUUCCUCUUUUGGAGAUUCAUUUCAGUUUGAUGCCUCGGAUUUCCUUGAAGCCGAAGCAGCUAUCAUUACACAGACGAUUAACGACGGAACGAUCGAUCAUUCUACGCCCAAGCAAUCUGCAUCCACACAAGCAGAAGAACCGCGCAGAAUGCCUACUUUAGUGGCUUCGGAAUCCUUCCGGGACGAUAAUGCUGAUUUCCUUGAGUCGCAUGGACACCUUCUUGGGGAAUACAAUUAG